AUGCGAUUGGUCAGCCUGCAGCAUCACGUACGGAGGGAGGCGGAACCUGAGUCUGAGCACGCCCCAGGCCCGCCUCCUCCCUCUCACCACUCCCACGACUUCAAUGAAAUUAAAAACAAGUUCUUCAAUGAGCUUGGACACCUUCCCAACCACAAGAUUAAACUGCCCAUGUGGGCGACCGGUGCCAUCGUGGUGGUGGUCCUCGCCCUUGUCGCCUGCUUGGCUUUCUGUUUGUAUAAAAAGUGUUUUGGAGGAAAGAAAAAAACAAAGAAAGUGAGAGAGAGAAAGGGCGUGCGAAGGAUGAUGAAAAAGGAGAAAGAUGGAGAGGCGGAAAAGGAAGAGGACAAACAGGAAGAGGAAAAAGAGCAGGAAUUCUUUGGAAAACUGGAAUACUCACUGGACUACAACUUCACUGACAAUCAGCUCAUCGUUGGAGUCCUUCAGGCCCAAGACCUUCCUGCAAUGGACAUCGGCGGCACCUCGGAUCCCUAUGUUAAAGUCUACAUGCUUCCUGACAAGAAGAAGAAAUAUGAGACCAAAGUUCAGAGGAAGAAUCUCUGUCCUGUUUUUAAUGAAACGUUUAUUUUUAAGACCCCCUUUAAUGAUUUGGCCGGACAGACGUUAGUGCUCCAGGUGUUUGACUUUGAUCGUUUUGGGAAACACGAUGUGAUUGGAGAGAUUAAAAUUCCCAUGAACAGCGUGGAUCUGGGACAACCAAUCCACGAGUGGAAAGAUCUGGUGGGAGGUGAGAAAGAAGAGCAGGAGAAACUGGGUGAUAUCUGUAUUUCUCUGCGGUACGUGCCUACAUCUGGGAAACUCACUGUGUGUGUGAUGGAGGCCAAGAACCUGAAGAAGAUGGAUGUCGGUGGUUUAUCAGACCCGUUUGUGAAGGUGGUUCUUCAACACAAUGGUAAACGUCUGAAGAAGAAGAAGACUACGGUGAAACAGAACACACUGAACCCGUACUUUAAUGAGAGCUUCAGCUUCGAGAUUCCCUUCGCUCAGAUCCAGAAAGUGCAGGUUCUGAUCACGGUGUAUGAUUACGAUAAACUGGGCAGUAAUGAUGCCAUCGGAAAGUGCUGGAUUGGAUACGGGGCCAGCGGAGUCGGACUGCGGCAGUGGUCAGACAUGCUCGCCAACCCAAGACGCCCCAUCGCCCAGUGGCACACACUGCUGCCCGAGGAGGAAGUGGAUGCUGCACUGAAGGCACCAAUCCGCUAAUUUUACACACACACA